CCCACAAAAGUGGUUCUGGCAAGUUGGGUACUGUUUGAUCAGCUACGUACAAAGUUUUACACUGUAUGUCAACCAUUAUUAUAUUAUAGUACUAAGUAAGUAUAUUUACGAAUUUCUAUACUCUGAAUGAUAUACCCACAACCCUUUUUGGCCUUUUCUCGAGUUUAUAUUAUUUUUUACGUUCUCAUAUAUUUUAAGUUAUAAAAGUCCAUUUUAUAUAUUUAUUUCGAUAAAACCAUAAAUUAUUAAAAAAUUACUACCAUAAAAAUAAUUAUUAGACCUAUCGAUGUCUUAACAUAAAGACAAAUCUACAUCCCUUAAUCUUACCCAAAACAACAUCCCCAGGAUCCAAUGAUGACAUAAAUAUGCUUUAUUAAUAAUUAACAAACUUUUUUUAUUAAUUAAUUUCAUUUUCAAUUCCUAAUCCUUCCAUUUAAUCAAACGGACUUAACGACGGCAUACCUUUACCUAACAAUCAUCACAUAAAAUGAUUUUAAAAAUGAAGAAAAAAGUUAUCCACCUUUUUUUUCCUUUAACAGAAAUUUUCCUUCAGUUUCCCACCUCCCAAACAGCGCCUUCACCCGCAACUAUCAAUCUCUGACACUUCUCUGCAAAAAACUCUGACAGGAAAAGCUUUUGUUGUCCUUCUCUUCAAAAGAGAUUUGUCCCUUUUCUCCAAAAGUUCCUCGCCUUUCGAAUCUAUUCUCUCUCUUUCUCGCGCUCUAAAUUCACUUUCUCUCUCCUAAUCGAUCAUGCUUCAAAGCUUAGUUCCUCAAUCUCCAAUCAAUUCCAACCCUAGCUCCAAUCCUAACUCCUCCAUGAAGUCAAAGCGCGUCGAAAGAGACGUCUCCGCCGCCACCGGCGACGAUUCUGCCGCCGAUGAUCCUUCCACUAAGCGUCCUAACUUCUCCUCCGGAGACCAAACGGCCGGUAAACAGGAAGAAACUGUAAUCGAAGGUGAGCUAACGGGGCUAAGACUUUUAGGCCUCCUGCUCCAAUGCGCUGAGUGCGUUGCCAUGGAUAACCUCGAGGAUGCCACCGAUCUUUUGCCUGAAAUCUCGGACGCUCUUCUCCUUCGGCUCACUCCUGAACGGGUCGGCGCGGUACUUUGCACACGCACUCCAGUCGCGUGUGUGAGUUCUUUCUUAGAAACCUAUUCUCCUCUCGACACCAAAUCGCUUACCUUAACUCAGUCCCAAAAGAUCUUCAAUGCUUUGCAAUCUUAUAAUUCGAUAAGUCCUCUGGUCAAAUUCUCUCUUACCGCCAAUCAAGCCAUCUUCCAGGCCUUGGAUGGUGAAGAUCGUGUCCACGUCAUCGAUCUCGACAUUAUGCAAGGUCUCCAAUGGCCAGGAUUGUUCCAUAUCCUCGCUUCCAGGUCCAAAAUCCGUUCAAUGAGAAUCACCGGCGUUCGGAUCCUCUCGGAGCUCCUCGAGUCGACCGGGAGAAGUGGCCGAUUUCGCGACUUCUUUGGGUUGCCAUUCGAGUUUCAUCCGUUGGAGGGCAAAAUCGGAAAUGUAACAGAUCUGAGUCAACUCGGGGUGCAGUCGACUAAAGCCGUGGUGGUUCACUGGAUGCAUCAUUGCUUAUACGAUAUUACGGGGAGUGAUUUAGGGACGUUGAGAUUGUUGACUUUGUUGAAGCCGAAAUUAAUCACGAUCGUCGAACAGGACCUGAGUCGGGGUAGUUUUCUAGGGAGGUUCGUGGAGGCAUUGCAUUAUUACAGCGCGUUGUUCGACGCGCGGGACGGAUUAGGUGUGGACAGUCUUGAAAGGCACAUGGUGGAACAGCAGCUGUUCGGCGAGAUCCGGAACAUCGUGGGCAGUAGUGGGCCCAAGACGGGUGAGGUUAAAGUGGAGAGAUGGGGUGAAGAGUUGAGGCGGGGUUUCCGACCCGUAUCGUUGGGUGGAAACCCGGCGGCCCAAGCUAGCCUUCUGCUAGGCAUGUUCCCAUGGAAAGGAUAUACCCUGGUGGAGGAAAAUGGGUGCCUCAAGUUGGGGUGGAAGGAUUUGUCUUUGUUGACCGCCUCAGCGUGGCAGCCGUCCGAAUAAAAAAUAUACUAUCAUUUUUGUGUAUCUAAAAGUUUCUAAAUCUCUCAAGAUUUUGGUUUAUAGAUUCAUGAUAAUAAUAUUAUUGGAGAAACAACUGUGUUCACUUGUCAAUCUUUUUGCUGAUGUUGCAGUUCUUUUAAGGGGAAAAAAAAAAAAAAAGGGUUUGUUCCAUCAAUUUUUGAAGCAUACAUAGAAAGAUGUGAAAAAGUGAACCAAAAAAAAGGCUACACUAAAAGAAAAAGUAGAGCAAAGAAUAUCCCCCCAUGUGCUCCCGUGAGUGUGGAGGAUUAUCAUCUGGUGAUAAUGAUAACAAAGUAGCUGCUAUUGUUUAAAUUUCAUUUUUUUCUUUUUCUCCAGGUUGAGCUGCGGAUGCUUGGCAAUUCUCCGUUUCCUGAAUAAAUUGGUCUCGUACUCCUUUUACUCUUCCACUCCAGAAAUUUUAUUUCCUACCUAUUUAUGAAUCCAAAAACUUUAGCCUUGGGUGGGUAUCCUUUUUGCUACUAGCUAAGCCGAGGAUGCUCGAUAUUUUUCUUUUUGUAACGAUAAAUUUAAGAUUUUAUUUUAAAAAUGAUUAAAAGAUAAUUAUAUAAUUUAAUUUGAAGUAAAAAUUAAUCUUAUAUAGAUAAUUAGAAAAUUAAAAAUCAAAGAAUAAAUUUUGAAUUUAAAAAGAAUUGUGUCAAUGUGUUUGGAACAUUGGCAGCCACACCCACAGCAGCACUUACUCAAUAAUUUUAUCCUGGCAGUGAAAGUGACGUGGUUUGAUCUAAGCUGGGGUUCGAAGUCUGAAAAAGUGUACUAGAUUUAAGCAGAAUGUGCAAUUAUUGAUCAUUGACUAAAGAGGGAGUGAGUCCCACCAUGCAGGUUCUAAGGGGAAGUUGGUCUUUUUCCUGAAAAAACGGACAACUUACAAAUACUUGGUUGCUGGUAAUAAAAAUUUGGUUGUGGGGGCAUC